GUGGGAGAAUCGUAAAUAAUCAGUAAAAAAUGUAGACUAAUUGUAAGAAAUAAAAGACGGAAAAAACUGCCUGCAAAAAAUAUGUCCGCAAAAAAUAUCCGCAAAAAAUGUCCGCAAGAAUUGUCCGCAAAAACUGUUCGCAAAAAAUUGUCCGCAAAAACUGUUCGCAAAAAAUUGUCCGCAAAAUUUUUUUUAAAGAAAAUGGGGAACUAAGACGUUUUUUUAAAAAUUCUGAUAAUAAUUCUGAAAAUUCUUUCUUUUUUUCAGCAAACCAAAGAUUCUAUAAAACCCUUGACAAUUUAAUAAUACAAACAAAAUCUUUAAAAAAUUCCAAACCUUUAAUUGUUGAUGGAUUAAAUUUGGCAAGAGGCGUUUAUAGACGUGAACGUUUCCCUUAUUUUAAUAAAAUAAUUGUUGAAAUGAUGGAAAAAAAAUUUUUUCCAAUUUUAAUAAUUUCAAAAACUCCAUUUACCUAUUUUUAUCAAAAUAAAUUACAAAAAUUACCAAAUGUUAAAUUAUUUGAAAUUGAAAAAGAAUUUAAAAGCAAAUCAGAAAUUAAUAUAAAAUAUUCAACUCAAGAUGACUUGUUUGCAAUAAAUAGUGCCCUCUAUCUCGGUCCAAAUACACAUUUGCUUAGCAAUGACAAUUUUGUAGAUCAUAUAGGAUCCAGACAUUUUCUGCCGGAAAUUGCUCCACUCUUUAAAAUAUGGAGAGAAACAAGAUGUAUUUCCUUCAUUCCUGACGGAACUGAUGAAGAAAAAUUUUUUAAGCUGCCAAACCCUUUUUACGCUCAAAUACAAGGAGACGCUUUACGUGGCUAUCAUAUUUUUGUCAAAGACAAAACGGAUGAUAAACUAUAUCAUGUGAAAGAGGAAUUAGUUUAUUGUUUAAAUCUUUGUUUUUUUUGUGUAUUUAUUCGUUUUUACAAGACUGAAGGUGAUAUUAUUCCAGUUAAAAAUAUCUGAUAAUUAUUAAUCUCUUGUUAUUUGAACUCAUUUUAUUUGAAUAGGCACCUUGGAGGAGAGAAGAUUGAACUCCUUCGGGGAAAUUCUGACCAUUUUUAAUUUUCGACAUUUUGAAAUUUUUCAUUUUAAUUUUUUC